AUGACGACGACGCUCCACCCCGGCGGGGAUCCCCGCAAAGCACCUUGUGAAGGAAACGACCAAGCAGACCGUAGCAACAAAAAGGUAAAAACGACGGAUUGUGUAACUGUCUUUGAUUCAGAAAUGGAUCUACUGGAGGAGAAUAAUCCCAGAUUGGAAGGUCUGCAAAAGGAAUCAAAGAUGUCCUAUAAGGAUAAAGUGAUUGCUGGGGAAUCCUUCACCCCCUUUUCCCCCCAAGAAAUUGUUGACCUAGUUAGGGAAGAACUCGCUGGAGAUGAUCUGGAAUCUAUGAAACUUGAGGAUGAGAGGAAGCCUUUCAGCCUCAACCCCGUUGUUCCUGUCUCCUUAGAAGAAUAUGAAGAAUGGUGUCGCCCAUGGAAGUUUACCCUGGUAGUGAAGCUCCUGGGAAAGAAAAUUGGGUUUAGGUGGAUGGACCAGCGCCUCCACAGAAUCUGGGCAAAGGAAGGGGACAUUAAGGUGAUUGACCUUGCUGAGGACUACUAUCUGGUUCGCUUUGCUUUUGAAAAUGAUUACCGGGUUGCUCUCUUCGAGGGCCCGUGGAUGAUUGCAGACCACUACCUACUGGUGCAGAGAUGGAGACCUAGAUUCAAGGCAAAUGAUGAAGCUGCCAGGAAGAUAGCGGUGUGGAUCAGGUUGCCAGAACUUGAUGUGGAGCUCUGUAAUGAAAAAUUCCUUUGGCGCCUUGGAUCCCUACUAGGGACGAUGCUCAAGAUUGAUACCCACACAUCUGUUAACAACCGUGCUAAGUUUGCCCGAAUCUGUGUUGAAAUUGAUCUGAAUUGCAAGCUUUCUCCCACUUUCACUGCUCUAGGAGAGGUAUACCGACUAGAAUAUGAAGGUCUCCAUGCUAUAUGUUUCAGUUGUGGAAAAUAUGGCCACAAGAGUGAUCGAUGCCCAGAGAGGACUAUUCCCACCCCUCUUCCCUCUUCCCCUAAGGGUAAUGAUCCAAUGCUGCCAGCGUCUGAGGAUCAUCAACCAAAAUCUAAGGUGAUUCAGGAACAGACUGAAGUGGAAAAUGACACUCCUAGUGGCUUUGGCCCAUGGAUGUUGGUUAAAAAACCACCCAAGAGGAAGCCUCUUAAACCCUUGAACCAAACCAUUAACCAGCAUGGUAACAAAUCUCGUUUCUCAGCCCUCAACUCUAAUGAUGAGCCUAGGGAGCAGCCAAUCAACGUUAAUCCCCAUCCUGGUCAAGAAAACCAUCAGCAACAAGAUGCCCCCAAAUCCAAAGGUGGGCUUGGGAUAAAAGCUAAUAAAGCUUCUGGUAGGAUCGCAACCCAACAGAAGAUAGUGAAUCAGAACCAAGAGAGGGUCCAACCUCAGAAAGAAAUGCAGCAAAACAAGGACAUGCAGACUAUCCAUAAAGGUGAGGAGGUGACUCAUUACCUCACCAGGGAAGAAUCUGCAGCCCUGGCAGCGGUGAAACAAUUUCAACAAAAGAUGUGGGAUGAUUUUAAAUCAGGGAAAAUCCCAGAAGAUGGCCUUCAAGGUGGUUCCUACGUUCCUUCCUAUGAGGAGCUCAAUUUCAUCAAGUCCCUCAUGAAGCAGAAAGGUCUAGAUGCCUCAGUAGCAGACAUGGAGUGCAGUGAUAGAUGCAAGCAAGAUUCCUUGCAAGAAGCCCAGGGGGCUGGGAAAAAGAAUUUUACCAGCUUUAUUAAGGAUUGUUCAAGAAUCUAUCAUUUGGGUUUUGUGGCCAUUCUUGAGCCUCGUAUAAGUGGUGAGAAAGCUGAUAAAGUCCUCUCCAAUAUGGGCUUUGACAGUAUAACAAAAACUGAUGCAAACGGUUUCUCUGGAGGUAUCUGGUGUUGUUGGAAGCAAUCCAUGUUCUCAAUCAGAGUAGUGGCUUUAAACCAGCAAUGCAUUCACCUCCAUGUUAAUCCUAAUGAUCAGGGAGGGUGGUACCUUACUGUUGUUUAUGCUCAUCCCCAAGAAAGGAUGAGGGUUUCCCUGUGGAAUGACCUUGUGAACUUCAAGGACCAGACCUCUGGCCCCUGGUUCGUUGCUGGAGAUUUCAACUCCGUUCUUUUUGAGGCAGAAAAAGUGGGUGGUGCCCCCUUCAACCGUCAGGCUGCUAACAAAUUCCAGGAAUGCUUGAACAUCACCCACUUGGAGGAUCUUGGCGCGAAAGGUGUCCAUUUUACCUGGCAGAGGGGUGAUCUUUUUGAGCGUCUUGAUAGAGCAGUCUCCAAUGCCCAAUGGAGGACCAGAUUUCCUGCAGCCUCUAUAACAAAUCUUCCUCUCCCUUUCUCAGACCAUUGUGCCCUCUGGUUGAGACUCAAUGUAGAAACUAGGAGCCCAAAACCUUUUAAGUUCUUGGCUGCCUGGUCGCAACAUCCAGAAUUCCAGGAUCUGAUUAAGAAUAAUUGGAGAGCUUCCAGUUCUUGGCAGGGAAACAUCACAAACUGUACUGAAACGCUCAUGGAAUGGAAUAAACUGGUUUUUGGAGACAUAUUCCGCACCAAAAAGAGGCUCCUGGCCAGAAUGGAGGGCAUCCAGAAGAAGAUAGUUCAGAACCCAAAUCCUUUUCUGAUGAAGUUGAGAAAGAGACUAUGGACUGAUUAUGAAACCAUCCUGAGAAGUGAAGAGUUGUACUGGGCUCAGCAAGCCAAAAUUAACUGGCUUAAUUUGGGUGAUAGGAACACUAAAUUCUUUCACCAAAGCACUAUAGCUAGACAACAACGAAACAAAGUGGAGGCCCUCCUCAAUGAAGAGGGAGAAUGGACUUAUGACAGCGUGAACUUGAAAAGGUUGAUUGUUAAUUACUUCAAGUCCCUUUUCUCUACUGACCAGGGACUUCCCUAUAGUCUGUGUAGUUCCUCCUCUUUUCCGAAGCUUAGCGGCCUUGAGAGCACUGAGAUGAUGAAGCUAGUGACCCAUGGAGAAGUGAAAAAAGCGCUUUUCAGUAUUGGAAAUCUGAAAUCCCCAGGCCCUGAUGGAUUUCAUGCAGUCUUUUUCAAACAGAACUGGGAUCUCAUUGGGGAUUCCCUAAUCAGUCUUAUCAGAAACAUCUUCUCCAAUCCUGCUCUGAUCAAGAAUGUGAACCAAACUGUUUUGGCUCUUAUUCCCAAAGUCCAAAUCCCUGAACGUGUCUCCCAAUUCAGACCAAUUGCCCUUUGCAACACUAGCUAUAAGGUGGUGACAAAGAUUCUGGCCAACCGAAUCAGAGAUGUCCUUCCCAAUCUGAUUUCUGUAAAUCAAUCCAGCUUUGUCCAAGGGCGCAGCACUAUGGAUAAUAUCCUGAGUUUCCAAGAGAUGAUUCACUCCUUGAGGUCAUUAAAAGGGAAGAAGGGCUUCAUGGCUAUCAAAUUAGACCUCGAAAAAGCAUAUGACAGACUCCUAUGGCCUUUCAUUGAAGAUACUUUACAGUUCUUUGGUUUUGAUGAGAAUUUCAUUCACAUCAUAUACAAUUGUGUCUCCACUUCAUCUAUAGCAAUUGCUUGGCAAGGGGAUUAUACCGACUAUUUCAAUCCCCAAAGGGGAAUUAGGCAAGGGGAUCCCAUCUCCCCUUACCUUUUUGUCCUCUGCAUUGAACGUCUCUCCCACAUCAUCCAAGAUGCUUGUGGAAUUGGUAGCUGGAAACCUUUCAAGGUGGGUAGACAUGGACCCUCUAUCUCUCACCUCCUGUUUGCUGAUGACGUGAUUUUAAUGGCAGAAGCUUCAGAUGAUCAGGCAAGUUUAAUCCACAACAUUCUUAACAAAUUUUGUGAUGCCUCUGGCCAAAAAGUGAGUCUGGCCAAGUCAAGAGUCUUCUUCUCAAAAAACACGAAUGCCGUCAUUGCGGGGCAACUUGCCUCCAAAUUGGGUAUCCAACAAACCCACAACUUGGGAAUGUAUCUUGGUGUUCCCCUUCUCCAUUCUCGAAUGAUAAAGGAGAAUUUCUCCUUUCUUAUUGACAAGGUCAGGAGGAAACUGUCGGGUUGGAAGGCAAAAUCUUUAUCUUUUGCUGGUAGAGUAUCCCUCACUCAAACUUGCCUGCUCAAUCUCCCGGCUUAUGUUAUGCAGACAACUCCCAUCCCCAUGGGUGUUUGCCAAGACAUUGAAAAAUUGUGCAGAGAUUUCAUCUGGGGAUCCACAGUGGAAGCGAGGAAAUGUCAUCUAAUUAAUUGGUCAACGAUUUGCUCUCCCAAAAGCGAAGGUGGCUUGGGUCUCAGGGAUCUCCACUCUAUAAACAGAGCCUUUAUGACCAAAUUGGCUUGGAACAUUAAAAAGAGUGAGUCUAGCCUAUGGGUAAGUAUUUUCUUGGCAAAGUACAAGUUUAAUCCCAGGUUGGGUCGAGUGCCUAUUCCCAAAUCCACUGACUCCCCGACCUGGAAAGGCAUCUGCAAAGCUUGGCCUAUUGCUGACCUGGGAUCCCUAUGGCGUGUGGGCAAUGGUCAAACUACCCUUUUCUGGUCAGAUACCUGGAACAUCUCCCUUGGUAACCUAUCUGACUACAUCCCUGAAGACUCUCCUGAAUGGGUCAGAUUUUUACCUGUCAACUAUUAUGCUGAAAAUGGUCACUGGAAAAGAGAGACUCUAAAUCUCCUGCUCCCUCCUGCUAUUGUAAACAAAGUGUGCACCAUUAAUCCUCCUGACCCUACAAAAGGAGAAGAUUUUCUGAGUUGGAAGCCAAACCCAGAUGGCAAAUUUAGCAUAAAUUCUGUCUAUCCUUUGCUUCUUGAGGUGGAGAACCAGAAUACUCACCCAUCUUUUGAAGCUAUUUGGAAAUUCAAGGGCCCCCCAAAAGUUCAAAGCUUCUUAUGGAAGGUAGCUCACAAUAAAAUCCUCACCAAUCAAGAAAGGAUGAAGCGGAAUAUGUCAACCAAUGCUACCUGCCCUCGCUGCUUAUCUGCUGAUGAAACUGUUAUCCAUGCCAUUCGUGACUGCCCUUUCAUCCAACAAGUUUGGAAUUCCUUCCUACUUCCCAGGGAUUGGAGCAGAUUCUAUAGUCAGGGCAUCUCUGACUGGUUAAAUUUUAACUUGCGGCGCAAUGCUGUGUAUCGAGGUAGAUUCAGUUGGCCUCUGCUUUUUGGUCUAACUACUUGGCAAAUUUGGAAGGACAGGUGUGAUUUGAUUUUUAACAAUCAUAUCACUCUCCCCUGCAACUUGAUUAUCUUGAUUUAUAGUCUGGCUGAGGAGAUAACUAGGAACUUAGCCAGACCGACCACAGUCCACAAUCUCCAUUGCAGGAAACAAACCAUCCACUGGGUUAAGCCUGAUCACGGGGUUUGGAAGUUGAAUACAGAUGGGUCGGUGAGAGAGAGUAUUGGGAAAGCAACGUGUGGUGGCCUUAUCAGGGACUGGGAAGGAAAAUUUAUUAAAGGGUUCUGCAACAACCUGGCCUUUUGCAACCCUCUUUUUGCUGAAUUAUGGGGAGUCUUUAAUGGCCUCAAGAUAGCAUAUGAGAUGAAACCCCAACAACUGACUGUGGAAUUAGAUUCCAGUGAAGCCUUUAAGCUAAUUACCCUCCACUGUGAUGUGAACCAUCCCUGUGCAGGAUUGGUAAAGGAAAUCUCAGAUUUGGCUACAAGGAACUGGAAGGUCACUUUCAGUGACAUCUAUAAAGAGGCUAACAAGAGUGCUGACUAUCUUGCAAGCUACUGCUAUGGGAAGCCUGAUUUGUUAAUUGAUGAAGAUCAAAUCCCUCCCCCCCUGCUCCCUUUUCUGAUUGAUGAUGCCUCUGGGGUCUUUACCCCAAGGCUUGUGUAG